CCGGGGAGGAACCACAGAAGAAGAAGAAGCGGAAGGGCUAAGCUAGCCGCGGAGAUACAUUUCUCUUAAAUUCUUCUCAUUUAAGCAUCAAGACGUCGUACGCAAUGAGAGGAGACCGCGGCAGGGGCCGGGGAGGCCGCUUUGGCUCUCGUGGAGGUCUGGUCCAGGGGUACCGUCCGUUCGUCCCUCACAUCCCGUUUGACUUCUACGUGUGCGAGAUGGCGUUCCCCCGGGUGAAGCCGGCGCCGGACGAGACGGCCUUCAGCGAGUGCCUGCUGAAGAGGAACCAGGACUUGAGCCCCACGCCGGCCGAGCAGUCCUCCAUCUUGUCUCUGGUCACCAAGAUCAACAACGUCAUCGACAACCUCAUCGUGGCCCCGGGAAACUUCGAGGUGCAAAUCGAGGAAGUGCGUCAGGUGGGCUCGUAUAAGAAGGGCACCAUGACCACCGGACACAACGUGGCGGACCUGGUGGUCAUCCUCAAGAUCCUCCCCACACUGGAGGCCGUGGCCGCUCUGGGAAACAAGGUGGUGGAAACGCUCCGCACACAGGACCCCACAGAAGUUCUCUCCAUGCUGACCAAUGAGACGGGCUUCGAGAUCAGCUCAGCCGACGCCACGGUGAAGAUCCUCAUCACCACCGUGCCGCCAAACCUCCGCAAGCUGGACCCAGAGCUGCACCUGGACAUCAAGGUGCUGCAGAGCGCUCUGGCUGCCAUCCGCCACGCCCGCUGGUUUGAGGAGAACGCCUCCCAGUCCACGGUGAAGGUUCUGAUCCGCCUGCUGAAGGACCUGCGGCUGCGCUUCCCCGGGUUCGAACCGCUGACCCCCUGGAUCCUGGACCUGCUGGGCCACUCUGCGGUCAUGAACAACCCGUCCAGACAGCCCCUGUCCCUGAACGUGGCCUACAGGCGCUGUCUCCAGAUGGUGGCCGCCGGCCUCUUCCUGCCCGGCUCGGUGGGGAUCACCGACCCCUGCGAGAGCGGGAACUUCCGGGUCCACACCGUCAUGACCCUGGAGCAGCAGGACAUGGUGUGCUUCACGGCUCAGACUCUGGUCAGGGUUCUGUCUCACGGGGGCUACAGGAAGAUCCUGGGCCUGGAGGGGGACGCCAGCUACCUGGCCACGGAGAUGUCCACCUGGGACGGAGUCAUCGUCACCCCGUCAGAGAAGGCCUACGAGAAACCCCCCGAGAGGAAGGAGGAGGAGGAGGAGGCUCUGGAGGAGGGAGGAGACGCAGAGGACGAGAGCAUGGAGACCCAGGAGUGAGGAGGAGGAGGAGGAAGAGGAGCUGCUGGUGUGUGUCGUCCUCGGAGCUCCUCUUGGUUCCUGCUGGCUGCCCAGACGUCUUCUCCUCCUCCUCCAUCAGCAAUUCUUCAUCUUGUUCUUAGUUUGUUUUUUAUUCUUUGUUACGUCACAUAAAGUUGUUUGAACUCAG